AUGCGACUUGGUACUGAUGCAAAAACAGGUGAGAGCACUCUGUUGACAUCAUGGAAAAGUCCCUCGGAUCCAUCCACUGGAACUUUCUUUGCUGGAGUUGAUCCUUUAAUCAUCUCGCAGUUUUUUGUAUGGAAUGAUAGUCAUCCAUAUUGGCGUAGUGGUCCUUGGAAUGGUCAGGUUUUUAUAGGAAUUCCAAUAAUGCAUAAAUUAUAUGGCAAUGGAAUUAAUCUUGUUGAUGACAAUAAAGGAACUGUUGAUCUAACUUUUAGCUCUGCCAAUGAGUUCAUUGUAUUAUACCUCCAGUUGAAUUCUGAAGCAUCUCUACCGCAGAAGCAUCGAUUUGUUAGGAAAGAAGACUGGAACGUGUCGUGGUGGGCGCCAAAAAAUGAGUGUGAUGUUUAUGGCAAGUGUGGACCAUUUGGAAGCUGUAAUUCAGUGGAGUCACCAAUUUGUACCUGUUUAAGGGGAUUUAAGCCAAAGCAUAUGGAUGAAUGGAGUCGAGGAAAUUGGUCUAGUGGAUGCAAAAGGAAGACACCAUUGCAAUGUUACUCUAGAAUUGGGUGUAUGCAAUGGAGUGGAAGUCUAAUUGACAUCCAAAAAUUCUCGGAUGGUGGGGCGGAUCUUUACAUUCGAGUGGCAUAUUCAGAGCUUGGUAAUAUGUUUCGUCACCGGUGA